AAGAGGAGUAGCCGGCUGUUCCUAUGCCAGGAUUUGUAGCCAGGGGUGGGGUGAAUGUGACGUCACGCGGUUUGAUCUCCAGCAGAGGAGGAAAGUUACCGGGGGAACCUGCCGACUGAGUGAGUCUCAGUAGUUGAGAUCGGACGGCUGCGGAAGGAGCGUGUGACUCAAGCUCGGAACAAGUGUCCUAGUGUGUGAGCGGCGAGGAAAAGUAGGACAGGAUGCUGCAGACCUUUUACGACUAUUUCUGGUGGCACAGACUAUGGCUGCCCAUUAACCUAACCUGGGCCGACCUUGAGGAUAAGGAUGACCGAGUUUAUGCCAAAGCGUCAGACCUCUAUAUCACGAUACCCCUUGCUUUUGUGUUUCUCAUUGUGCGGUAUAUUUUUGAAAUUUCUGUAGCUGGUCCACUCGCAAAUCUCCUCGGUGUAAAAGAUAAAGUGCGGCUUCGGGCAGCACCCAGCCCCGUUCUUGAAAAAUUCUACACCUGCUCAUCGAAGCUCCCCAGACAGAUUGAUCUGGAGAACCUCUCGAAGGCGAGCAGACUUACUGUGCGACAGGUGGAGAGAUGGUUCAGACGGAGGAGGAAUCAGGACAGGCCAAGUUUGCAGAAGAAGUUCCGGGAAGCAAGUUGGAGAUUCACCUUUUAUCUUCUUGCUUUCAUUGCUGGCAUUGCCGUCCUUAUAGACAAACCAUGGUUUCAUGAUCUCCACGAGGUCUGGAAUGGGUUCCCCAAGCAGACAAUGCUGCCGUCCCAGUACUGGUACUACAUGAUAGAACUGGGCUUCUACUGGUCUCUUCUUUUCAGAGUGGCAUUUGACGUCAAGCGCAAGGACUUUCAGGAGCAGAUCAUCCAUCACGUGGCCACCAUUGUGCUCAUCAGCUUCUCCUGGUGCGCCAACUACAUCCGGGUGGGCACCCUGGUCAUGGUGUUGCACGAUGCCUCCGACUACUUCCUAGAGUCGGCCAAGAUGUUUAACUACGCAGGAUGGAAAGAGACCUGCAACAAUAUCUUCAUUGUCUUCGCUCUGGUCUUUAUAGUCACCCGAAUCAUUCUGUUCCCUUUCUGGAUCCUGCACUGCACUUGGGUCUACCCCCUGGAGAUCUAUCCACCUUUCUUUGGCUAUUACUUCUUCAAUGUGAUGCUGUGGGUACUCCAGUGUUUGCACGUCUUCUGGGCUUACCUCAUUCUCCGAAUGGCCCACAAAUUUAUCACUGGAAAGCUUGAACAAGAUGAGCGCAGUGACCAGGAUGAGACUGACAUUCCAGAUGAAGAAGAGGAAGAAGAACCCACCAAGAACGGAACUCUUUCCAAUGGCCAUUCCAUGCAGAACAACAACCACCAUAAAGCCGACUGACCACCGAAUAGGAAACGGCCUCUCCCUCAAGAUAUAAAUUCCUGGAGAAACCAAUCAGGCAAAGGAAACCUAAAAACAAUCAACACUACUGUAAAUCAUGGCCAUCACCUUCUGAAUAUUGACUUCCCACAGAUUGGUUUUAUAUACGUAAAACCUUCUACACCGAGCGUGAGACGGGUAAAGCCAAGUGUUUCUGUAUGACCAUUUUUAAUUACAUUGUGUAGGUAGGAGACUGGUGGACUCUAGUGGCCUUUCCAUACAGAAACCUAAACAAGAGACUUUAUUUUUUUUCACAUUGUUCAUGUUGACUUCACGUUGACUGCUCUCCGUUAGUUCCUGCUGCUUUAUCACUUGUUGGAGAGAUGGUCAGAUGGAUGCCAAAAUCAUUCCUUUUUUUUUUUUUUCACCCAAUCCGCAUAUCAUUUGAAGAGAAAAAUCAGUGAACAGUCUUCCAACUCUCGUGGUUGUCUUUGUGCCUUCAUUUCCAGUGAUGACCCAAACGUGAAAGUUCACACAGGAACUAACACAUUUAGGGUCUUGUGACCUGGAAAAGUAUCUUGGAUUUCUUUCAUUUUUGCGGGAGAGCACUGUUAAGCUUUGAUGUCCACCUCUUUAUGCAAAUUAAGCAGGUGGAUUGAGCGACGGUUCUUGGACCUGGACACCCUCUACUUGUGAAACCAUAACCUUAUCUCAACAUCAGUUCUUGGGUAUGAAUACUCCCUCCUUGUGAACCAUAUCCUUGAUCUCAACAAUGAUUCUUGUAUAUAGACACCCUUUACCUAAUCCCAGCAAUGGUUUUUGGGUAGGGUCAACCUCCUCUUGUGGAAACAUAACCUUGAUCUCCGUGACGGUUCUUGGGUGUGGACUCCUUGUGGAACCAUAGCCAUGAUCUCAUUGACGGUUCUUUGGUAUGAACACAGUCUACUUGUGAAACCACAAUCUUGAUCUCCGUGAUGGUUCUUUGGAUAUGGUCAACCUCUCCUUGUGGAAUCAUAAUCUUGAUCUCUGUGAGUGUGGACUCCUUGUGGAACCUUAGCCAUGAUCUUAUUGACUGUUCUUUUGUAUGAACACCUUCUGCUUGUGAAACCACAAUCUUGAUCUCCUUGACUGUUCUUGGGCAUGGACACCUUCUUCUCAUUGUGGAACCAUAUCCAUGAUCUCAUCGAUGGUUCUUGGGUAUGAACUCCCUUCUGCUUGUGAAACCAAAACCUUGAUCUCCGUGACGGUUCUUGGGUAUGGUCAACCUCUCCUUGUGGAAUCGUAAUCUUCAUCUCUGUGAUGACUUUUUGGUAUGGACACCCUCUCCUUGUGAAAUUAUAAAGUUCUAUCUCAGCAGUGGUUCCUUGGUAUGGACACCCUCUUCUGGUGGAAUCGUAGCCUUGAUCUCAGCCGCCUUGUAACGCAACCUCCUCCUCCUCCUCCUCCUCGUUCUUUGAAAGCCAAACUUUGCUGCUUAUAAAUGUUAAGUUAUUGUGAUCAUGCAUCUUCUGGGGAAAAAUGAUGGCAUCUCCCAAUGAUAAACAGAGCAGCCUUUACUGAGGCUGUAUAUAGAAUGCUUAAUAUUGCAAUGAUUUAAGGGGGUCGGAUAACCUUUAUUCAUGGCAACAUGGCUUUUCUAGCGGUUAUAAAAACGAGGUGAGAAUUCACAAUUUAUUGCAUUUCAAACCUCCAUGUCUUACCUGGAGCACAAACCACUCUCUGGAGAUGAUCCCUUACACCUUGGAUUCCGUAAUGUUUUUAAAAUGUUUUUUUUUUUUUUUUUCAAUAAAUUUUAAUU